AUUUGGCAUCAUUUUCCUGCACCGAGAGGCGAUGUGUGGCUUCACUGAGCGCCGUCAUGGGCAAAAGGGCCCCCGGGGCCACUUCACUGUCAGCGCUCUCACACAGCCGAAGACGCACCUCUGGUGUCCAAAUGAGCAGGGGCAGGUGUCGGGGACUCCACUCGGGCGCACAGUUGUGAAACACUAUGAAGGCAAAUGGUCCAGCAUCUGAGGGACUCUGGGCGCCGCAGUGAGAGCCAUGGAUCACUUUUUCCGCAGAAAGCGGAUCGGUCUGCUGAAGCCCCUGCUGAGUCUAUCUCUGGUAUUCGCCUCCUUUCUUAUGAUCCACAAGCUGAAACUUGCAGAGAAGGAGGGAGUGGGAGUUAAACAUACGAGGGAUGCCGGAUGGUGCGGCUCCGAGUGUUUUUCAUUCAAGAAGGGACUGAAAAAUAGUUUAGGGAGCUCAGACUCUCCGGUACUUAGCAACAACUUGGAUGCGCAGCGGGUCUCUAACGGGACCUCUGCUUCCUGGGACGCACAAGUUCUCAACUGCAGUGAGGACGCGUCGGUGAGGACCCAGGACUGGUUCCGCCGCUUGGACCCGCGAUUUCACCAGUUUGUUCUGCACAGACACUGCAGGUACUUCCCCAUGCGCAUCAACCACCCGGAGAAAUGCGUGGAUGGGAAGGUGCACCUCCUCAUGGUGGUCAAAUCCGUUAUCGAGCAGCAUGACCGGCGGGAGGCGGUGCGCAAAACCUGGGGCAAGGAGCACACUGUGGAUGGGAAGAAGAUCAAAACUUUAUUUCUUCUGGGAAGCCCGACGACUGGAAAAGACACCAAGAACCUCCAGAAAUUGAUCGAGUACGAGAACCUGAUCUAUGGGGACAUCCUCCAGUGGGACUUCAUGGACACCUUCUUCAACCUGACCCUGAAAGAGGUCAACUUUCUCAAAUGGUUCGACAUCUACUGCUCAGGCGUACAGUUCAUAUUCAAGGGAGACGAUGACGUGUUUGUGAACACGCACAAUCUGCUGGAGCUCAUCGGCUUCAAAGUGGAGGAGCGCAAAGAGGCCGAUUUGUUUGUGGGGGACACCAUCUCCAAGGCGAUCCCCAUCCGAAACCGGCAGAGCAAGUACUACAUUCCCAAAGAGCUGUACGAUAAGCCAUAUCCACCUUAUGUCGGAGGUGGGGGGUUUCUCAUGUCCUCCCAGCUGGCCAGGAGGCUCUUCGUGGUCUCAGAGGACCUAGAGUUGUACCCGAUUGACGAUGUGUUUUUGGGGAUGUGCCUACAGAAGCUUCACUUGGCCCCAGAGAUGCACCCGGGCUUCAGGACCUUCGGCAUCACCAGACGCAGGGUGAGCUCCAUGAACAGCGAGCCAUGCUUUUAUAAAAACCUCAUCGUGGUGCACAAACUGAGCUCGGAGGAGCUGCUCAGGAUGUGGAGCGUGGUGCACAACGAGGAACUGGUUUGCGCUCAAAGGACCUCCAUAUGAUUGUUAAUUGUCAAUUAAUAUAAACGAAAGUAAAUCAAUUCAUUAAAGCUGAACUGCUGGUUGGAAUAGACAGAAGACCUGAGUUUUUAACUGGUCAUGCAUGAUGAUCUUCACUGACUCCCGUAGUAGGGGCAUUUUCACUCAGUAAUGACGCAACCAUUUACAGAGUCAUCAAUAUCAACAUCAACAUUUAUUUCCCAGUGAUGGUUUUGUUACUACACAGAACAUCCAGAUGUUGCAUUUCCAUUUUCUGUGUGUAAAAUUAAAAAAGGUGGCAAGCUAUUCUGAACAGGUUGGGUUUCCUCUUCACUAGUCCUGCUACCUAAACCACUAUGACUCCACAGUGUGCAAGCAUCAGCGGAAGGUUUCUAGGUUUCUGAUUAUUGAUGCAAUUUCAAAUUGGUGAUCCAUCACUAAAUCUGAGAACCAGCUUUGAUGUAGAGACAUGGUUGUAAUAGCUUCAGUGCGUUUGUGCAGGCAUGAAUAAGACUUGACUUGUUACAUCCAGGUGUUCCUCUGAAACAGCUGAUUUUAUUAUUAUUGUGUCAAUUUCUGAUUUCAGGAUUUCAGUGCGACUGUGAAAGUGAACUGUAUGGAACACAGCACGGAGCACAGAAAGUGAUUGUAAAA